AUGGCUUCUGUAACAAGCAAUUCAAGUAUACGUCCAACAGUUGUUGUUGCAUCUUCAUCGACAUCGAAAGAAAAAUUUCGAAAACAUAAAAAGAAACAACAUAAAUCGAAGAAAAAUCAAAAUGAAAAACAUGAAAAAAUUAUUGAUCCUCCACCACUACCACCAUCUGAUGAUAAAGCACAACAACCACCUCCACCACCCCCACCACCACCUAUUUCGAAUUUAUACGAUGAUCUUGAUGAUAACAUAACAACAAGUAGUUCAAUUGUAAAAACUAAUAUAUCAUUAUCACAUUCACCACCACCAGUUAUGCCAACAAUUUUACGUCAAGGUUCUCGUUCACGUUUAACAACAAUUGAACAACUUGUACCAACAUCUGUUGCACGAACAACAAAAUUAAUCAAUACAAAUAAUGAUAAUACGAAACUUUCACCAACAUCAACAACAAAUAUAACUAAUGCUGAAGAUUUAGCUAAGAAAAAAUUUGAAGAACAAUUAGCAUUACUUGAUGCAACAUCAUCUAAAUUAACAAUGAAUAAUUCAGACCAAUCAAGUAAUGAAAGUGAAGAAGAUGAACAAAUUGAACGUAUAUGUCGAAUGAAUAAUACAGGAAGUAUAUCAGGACCUAUACAUUUUAAACUUAAUCGUACACAAAAUCUGCCACUUAAAACAUCACCUGUAUCAAAUGAUAUUAAUAAUAAUGAUGAAGAAAUAGUUCCAUUAAUGAAUUCAACAAAAAAGAAACGUUUACACAAACCAAAUGAUUCAACAAUGAGUUCACAUUCAGCAUCAUCGGGUGAUGAAAAUGAUAAAAAAAAUCGAACAAAAAAACAAAAAAAAUCAGAAAGUGAAACAACAGAAUCUAUUACAACAGUUGAAUUACCAGCAACAUCAACAACAGUAUCUAUAAUAACUGAAGAACAUGUUAAAACAGAAGAAAUUAAAAAUGAUGAACCUGUUGCUUCAACAACAAAUGAAAAGAAAUCUAAUAAUGAUAAUGAUGAUCAUAAUGAUGAUGAUCGUUGUUCUCGAUCAUCAUCAGCAUCAUCAUCAAGACGAAAGCGACGUAGUAGUCGUCGACGACGUCGUCACCAUCGUCGUCGUUCAUCAUCAUCAAGUUCACGUUCAUCAAAUACAACUACAUCAUCUGAUAGUUCACGUUCAUCAUCAAGUCGUUCACAUCGCAGAUAUCGACGUCGACGAACACGUUCAUCUCGUUCAUCAACACGUUCAUCAUCGAGUUCAAGUGAUAAUCAUCGUGGACAUCAUAGUAGUCGUAGUAGUCGCCGUUCAUCACGUUCUUAUUCGAGACGUCGUUCAUCAAGUUCACGAAGUUCACGUUCUUCGACAUCAUCACGUAGUACACGUAGUCGAUCAAGAUCACGAAGUCGUAAUAAAAAAUCUACUCGCCAUUCAAAUCAUAAUCAUCAACAACAAUCAAAUAAUCAUGGCAAAGGUGGACGAGGUGGUGCUGCAGCACGUCGUGGUCGUGGAGCUCGUAAUGGUCCACGUAAUCUUCGAGCUCCAUCACACGAUAAUUUACGUCGUUCAACACCAAAUAAAAAUGGUAAUAAAUAUAAUUUAUCAUCAGGUAAUACAACUCGAAAAUUACCUAAUAAUAAACAACCACGAAUACUCAUUGCGGCAACACCAAAACCUUCAACAACUGGAGAAAAUACUGAAGAAACAGCAGCAACAUCAAUAUCAGCAACAACAACAACAAUAACAAAUGAAGAAAAUAAACCUGAACCAAUUAUUUUGACUAUAAAUCAAAAUCAACAACGUCCUAUGGGACAGAAAAAGAAUGCAAAAGGAAAAACUAAACAACAAACUCCUGCAUAUUCAUUAAAAAAAAAUGAAACUGAUGAUAUCGAUGGUGAUCAUGAACCAAUGAUUGGACCAAAAUUACCACCAGAAUUUGAAAAAAAAACUAAUAAAGAACAUUCAUUUACUCCACCGGAUAUGGAUGAUCCGGAAAAUAUUGAAAUGCUCAAUGAUUUAAAAUAUCGUGCCGAAAUUCAUGCAGCUAAAAAUCAUGGUUUAAUUAGUGAAAUACAAGCACAACAAUUAAUUGACGAACGUGAAACUCAAAAACAUUUAGCCGAACUUCCAAUUAUUCAAAUGCCUAUUAUGUCAUCACCGACUAUUUCUUCAAUGGGUCCAUUUAUUGUUGCAGCACCAAGUCCAGCAUUAGCUACUUAUCAACUUCAAAUGACAUCUGCAGCAACUUCACAAAUUGCAACUAAUCAUGAGAAUACUUCUCUUACAGUUGAACAACAACAUCAGCAGCAACAACAACAGCAACAGCAACAACAAAUGUCACCAAAUUCAGCAGCAUCAAGUGGUGGUGAAAGUUGUUCAACAUCUGGUCAAACAACACCAGGUGGAACAGCUACUGUACUUACACAAGAUGGACAGUCAAUGAUGAUUCAAACAGCAACAAAUGUUAAUCCACAAUUAGUACCGAUUGCUCAAUCAGCACAACCAUUAUAUAUGCCUAUGCAAACUGCUGUUCAGCAACCACGUGUUGUUGCUGUACGAACACCUCAAGGGGGUAUUCAACAUUUUAUUGAAUAUCCAACGGCACAAUUAUUACAAGCCCAACAACAACAACAACAACAGCAACCUCAGUUUAUUCAACAUAAUGGACAACUUGUACAAGUUAUUCGACCACCUGUUACUUAUUCAUCGGCAGCUUUAAUACAACAAUUACAAUUACAGCAACAACAACAACAAGUUUUUGCUGCACAAAUUCAAGCUCAACAGUUAGCUGCCAUGCAACAAUCAGGUGGUGCUAUAUUUUUACAAAAUUCAGCUGGACAACUUGUACUCGCUCAACCGGGUCCACAAGCGAUGCGUGUUGUUCAAAUUCCUUAUGUAUCCAAAUGA